AUGAUUACUAGGCAUUUAGAAUUCUUCCUAUCCAAUUGCACAAUAUCUCAAAUUACCAUGGAUGACAUCUGGAAAUAUUCGGUUGAUAUUGACCGUGAAGUGGCUUUGUCUACAGGCUGCUUUACUAGUCUUGCCAUUCGCAUUCACCAGCGGAACGACCUGGCUGAUGAAGCAACAAAGCUUUCGAUUCAGGAUUGGGGCUCACAUGUCGGUGAUGGAUGGGAGCGGAAGUCGGGCUCUUCGUGGAGUCCGGUUGGCAAUUGGGGUGCCUUCAUUUUCCCUGAAUCGCUCCCUGAGCGCUUGGGUGUCAUCACCUAUCUCGCCAAUAUGGGAAACAUCCAUGAUGACCUUUGUGAUGAUCUCACGUAUGAGGAGGCUCUCAAGGAGCACAACAACCUCAGCCAAGCUAUGGAGAUCAGUGCCAUAGCUCCCCACCAGGGACCUAAGGCACUUGAUCGAUCCAUGAAGAUGAAGAAGUACAUUUCCAAAUGUCUUCUUGAAGCAAUGAAUAUUGAUCGUCCACGCGCUUUGCGUAUGAUCAACACCUAUCGGUCCAAGUGGCUUGAUGUCAUGGAACGCCGUGACGUCAACGAGAUUGAAACUCUUGAUGAAUACCUCGUUUUCAGAAAUCUAAACGGCGGGAUGGAGGCUUUCUGGAGCAUGGUGGAGUUUGGCAUGGCGAUGGACGUGUCUGACUCUGACAAGACAAGGAUCCGGCCCCUUUUUGCAGCUGCAGAGUCCGCUCUCGUCCUAACAAACGACUACUGGAGUUGGGACAGAGAGUGGCGGCAGGCUCAACAGGCUGAAGAAUCUAGAAUUGUAAAUGCCGUGCAUCUCUUUAUGAGAACACACGGGCUAGCAAUGCAUGAAGCCAGAGAAGCGGUACGCGACCGGAUACUGGCUUACGAAGCCGAAUACCUACGGCUCAAGACCGAGUUCUACAGCCAGAACCCCAACGUUGGCGCGGAUCUCAAGAAAUACAUUGAAGUAUGCGGCGUCAUCACUGCUGGGAAUCACUACUGGUGUGCGAAUUGCCCUCGACACCAUUCUUGGCGCGAUCAAGAUGCUCCCCUUGAUCCUAUCGGGCGGAGGCUUUCCGUUUCAUCUGAGGACACCGUUGAAGACGAUUGCGCCACGUCGCCAGGGGCAACUACUUCAAGCUCCAUGUCACAGAAAUCAUCUCCUACAACGGAAAUGACACUCUCCGAAGUUCUCAGCUUCACCACCAUCAGUGGCUGUGAUGAACAGCCACAAAGGCUUAGCGACAGUCCUCUGCGGGCGCCCUGCCAGUAUAUACGCUCAAUGCCAUCUAAAGGACUGAGGCAUUUAAUGGCUGAAGCACUUGACCAAUGGCUUCUCGUCGACAACGCUUCACUCGAUCGAAUCAAGAACAUCAUCGACCUGCUCCACAACUCAUCGCUUAUUCUGGACGAUAUUGAAGACGAUUCGCCACUUCGGAGAGGCUUGCCAGCAACUCACAUGGUCUUCGGAAGGGCUCAGUCUAUCAAUACCGCAAACUACAUGUUUGUACAAGCUGUUCAGCAGGCCCAAACACUAUCAAACCCCGCUUGUCUUGGAACUCUUCUCGGCGAGCUCGAAUGCUUGUUCAUCGGACAAAGCUGGGACCUCUAUUGGAAAUUCCACCUGCAAAUUCCUACGGAAAAAGAGUACUUCGCGAUGGUGGACAGCAAGACCGGCGCCAUGUUCCGACUGCUUACCAGAUUAAUGUUCCACGCGAGAUCCGUUGUUGCCAAUGACAAAGUUGCGCAGCUCUUGGAUGAAAUGUGCCGCCUGCUCGGUAGGUUCUUCCAGAUCAGGGAUGACUUCAUGAAUCUCAACUCAAGCGAGUACUCCGACCUGAAGGGGUUUUGUGAGGACCUGGAUGAGGGGAAGAUGUCUUACCCCAUGAUUCUAGUUCUGCGGCAGAACCCGGAGUAUCAGGACCUGAUCAUGGGUAUCUUCAGGCAACAGACCGCGAAUGCUGCUAAAGGCGGCUCGGCCGAGUCUGCACGUCUCCCACACGAGACGAAGCGCUACAUGUUGGGACUCCUUAAGAGUUCGGACGCCAUGGCCUUGACGUUGAAGAAAUUGCAAGAGCUCGAGGCUGCGAUGGAGGAGAAGAUCAGUGAUCUGGAGGAACGGUUCGGAGAGACGAAUCCGGUCAUGCGAAUUCUCCUCAGUAGACUUAGUGUUAGGGAUGUAACUUUGUAG